AUGACCUCCAUGGCUGCCGAGUCGGUGGCCACCAUCCUCUGCACGGCCAAGCAGACUCGCUUUCACAUAGAUUCGCCCAACUACCGCGAGCUCGACAUUGACGGCCUCGGCAUCACCGUCACGUCCAGCGAAAAGGGCGGCGCUGCGUCCACGGCCAAGGGCAAGUCAAAAACCCGCGCCGAGGGCAUUGAGAUUCUCAGCGGUGCCAAACUUCGCUUGAAGGAGGGCCAGAGAUAUGCCCUUGUCGGCCGCAACGGCACCGGCAAGUCGACGCUGCUAAGAGCCAUCCACGAGAAGCUCAUCCCCGGCAUCCCCGAGGACACGAGGAUUGCCAUCCUCCAGCAGUCGAGACUAAUUGACGAAGAUGGUGCCGAGAAGGCGGGCAAGGAACCCACCGUCCUUGAGCUCGUCGUUGACCGCGCCACGUCGCGCGACGUAGUCGAGCAGGAAAUCCAGACGCUUUCGGAGGGCGUCGACGCAACGGAUGCAUUCGGCCCCGUGAGGGCUCUCAGGACGCUGAAGCAUGAGCGUCUCCAGAAGCGGCUCUUCCGGCUCGACAAGGAAGCCCGGCUGCGUAGCGGCACGCGUGGCAUGCAGGCGAGGAAAGCGCUGGUGGCUUUUGAAAAGGUCGUUGCCGACUCCAAAGCAGAACUCGAGCAACCUCGUGAAGAGGUCUCGUCAGACAGUCUUCAGGCAGAGACGCAAGAGGCUGCCGACAUGCUCGCCGAGCUCCAGCUCCAGGUUGAGCCGUCACGCCUCUCUCAGGUCGAAACCAAAGCCAAGAGGAUCCUCACCGGCCUGGGCUUUUCCGAAGACCGCAUGGCCAAGCCCAUCGCGAGCAUGUCGGGAGGCUGGCACAUGCGCGCCGCGCUCGCGACCGCGCUGCUCCAGGACGCCGACAUUCUCAUCCUCGACGAGCCGACCAACUUCCUCGACCUGCUGGGCAUCAUCUGGCUGCAACGCUACCUUGGCUCCCUCGAAGACGCGGAGAAGCCGCCCACGCUGAUCCUCGUGUCCCACGACCGCGACUUCAUCGGCCUCUGCACCGACCUGCUCAUCCUCAAGGACAAGCAGCUGACCUACUUCCACGGCGACCUGCCCACGUACGAGUCGUCGCAGGCGGAGCGCAAGCUGUGGCUGCGCAAGAUGAAGGAGGCGCAGAACAAGCAGCGCGCACACAUUGAGAAGACGAUCCAGCAGAACAUGAAAGCCGGCAAGGCCAACGAUGACCAGAACAAGAUCCGCCAGGCCAAGUCGCGCCAGAAGAAGCUAGACGACCGCUGGGGCAUGCAGGUCGGCGCCAAGGGCGGCCGAUUCAAGCUCAACAAGGAGCUCAACGGCUUCUUCCUCAAGUCUCGCGAGGACAUUGACAUCCCGCCCGAGGAGCGGCCCGUCGUCAUCACGCUGCCUGAGCCGCCCGACCUGCGCUUCCCCGGGUCGCUGCUAUCGGUGGAGAAGGCGUCAUAUCGCUACUCGCCCAAGACGCCCGUGGUCAUCCAAGACAUUAACCUCACUGUUGGCAUGGGCGACCGUGUCGGCGUCCUUGGUCUCAACGGCUCCGGCAAGUCGACGCUCAUCAAGCUCCUCGUUGGUGAGACGCGGCCGACAACAGGGAGUGUCACCACGCACCCGCGCCUCAAGCUCGGGUACUACUCGCAGCACGCCGUCGAGGACCUCAAGGCGCUCGGGCGCGACGACCCGGAGCUCACGGCCCUGUCGCUGCUGACGCGGGACGUCGACGGCGCCCUAAACGAGGGCGAGCUCCGCGCGCUGCUCGGCGAGCUGGGCCUGCCAGGGCGUAUCGCGUCCGACAUCCCCGUCACGAAGCUCUCAGGCGGACAGCUCGUGCGGUGCGGGCUCGCGCGGCUGUUCUGGCAGCGGCCGCACUGUCUUGUGCUGGACGAGGUGACGACGCACCUCGACUACGAGACGGUGACGGCGCUGCGCGUCGCGCUGAGCCAGUGGGACGGCGCCGUGGUGCUGGUGAGCCACGACAGGUGGUUCAUGCGCGGGGCCGUCGAGGGGAACAUGGACGAGGGGGAGGACGAGAGCGAGGAGAGCGACGAGGCGGAGGAGGCGCCGCGGCGGAGGGUCGUGUACAGGCUCAAGGGCGGGGAGAUGAGCGUGCUGAACAAUGGCGUGGACCAGUUUGAGCAGAUUAUGGAGAAGCGGGCGUCGAAGCUGUUGGACGCGUGA